UCUCUCCUCUCUCUCUCUCUCUCUCUCCUCUCUCUCUCUCUCUCUAUUGUCCUUUUCAUCUCUCUCUCUCUCCAUAUUCUGUGCUUCGAAGCGAGCGCAUCUGAUGGAUAUUCCUCCGAUGAAUGCGAUGCUGGAUCUGCUCCGUAUUCGCGGGAAGAAAGCAUUUUCUACAACGAAGCUAGCCGCACUCGUCGGCGGGAUCUUCUUUGCCGGAAUCCUCGCCUGGUUUGUAGUUCCGUGCGUCUUCAGCCUCCUCGCCUCCAACAUACCUGGACUUUGGAAUUCCGUCCGCUCUUCGACUGCUCCUCCUUAUCUUUUCAUCGCUGUUAACUUCAUCAUUCUGACGAUUUGGAAGCUCUCGGAAAACCGAGCACUCUACACUGAACGCCUCCCGGAAGAGGAAAGCCCCUUUAGCCCUGAUAUUAUUUCUGUCCGAUCUCGAGAUCUCGUCUCUUCUCAUGCUCCCCACCUUCUACGGAAGACUACGCCGGAGGAUUUUGUUAAAACCCCUUCGAUCUCUGCCGGAAAUGGUAUAACGGACUCUGCAGCAGUGGAGACCUCUCCAGCGCCGGCGUCCGAAUCUUCCUGCAUAACGACAGUGUCCGGGGAGAAAUCAACCGCUUCUUCUUCCUCUUCUAACGACCUUCUCUUAUCGGAAGCCGCAUUGACAGCCAUAGGUGCGGAAGGGAAAGAGAAGACGGCGGUGGAUGACCGAGACGGAACCGAUUCUCUGGACGCUACUUGGAAUGCUAUCACGAGCAAGAGCGGCAGAUGGGAGAGAUCUCCUCCACCGCUGAUAGCCGCCAAGCAGCCAGUUCGAGUGUCAGCGGCAGCAGUUAAGGGCUACAAUGCGUUUUCGGAGGGCAACGACGCGAUGAAUCAACGAUUUGACGAUUUCAUAAAGAAAAACUAUGAUCAGAUUAGGCUGAGGAAACCUGGAUAGUUGAAUCCCUCGCCGCGCAUCAAGUAAUUUAUACUUUUUUGUUUGUUUCAUCGUUUUCGCUUGGGGUAGCGAUUCGACUGAAGUUAAGAUGAUAGAUUGAUCUUCCGUUUUGAUCGGCUUGGGCGCAGAGCAGGAGAAAUUAAUUUGCUGGUAAUUUCAUCCUGCCUUCAAUUAUUGUAAUUCCAUGGGAAGAUCUCUUCCUCCUUUUCUUUUAUUUUGGAUUUAGACUCGCUGGAAGUCUUUGCCUGGCUUUCCUUUGUGGUAAAAAAAGCAGAAGCGCUGCUUUCAAUAGUUAUAUAUA